AUUAAAUACAAGCUACAUUGCGAUAUAAAGGCAUUAAUUCAAAAAUAAUCGUCCAGUCGUACCAAUAUGCUAAUGAACCAGUUCACAAGUUUAGUUCAGUAUAAAUAAAACCUUUUCGAAGAUAAGCCGUGUGUUUUUUAAAUUUUUAUUUAUCAUGGCUGUCGACAAUCUAAGCGAGAGAGAUCGCGCAGUUUUGAGAAGUAUUUUUGACCCUACAGCGACUAUUGGGGACGUCGUGGAUGAUGGAGACAAGUUUGUCGAAGAUGAUGAAGAAAACUCGCCCGCUAUCGAAGAAUCAAAAGCACUUUGCCUACAAGGUGUGAAGUUAGCUGAAACUGGUAAUUUAGAGGAAGCUUUAGAGCUGAUGAAUAAAGGCAUUGAGGCUGCCCCGGAGCGUGCACCCGGGUACAAUGACAGAGCACAGUUGCUGAGGCUUAUGCAAAGAGAUGACGACGCAAUGUCAGACAUAGACAAGGCUGUACAGUUGACAGUUGGCAAGCGCACGCGUUCCCGCGCUCUAGCGCUGUGUCAGCGCGGCGUGUUGCUGCGAAAGCGCGGGAACGAUGACGAAGCGCGAACUGUAUUCGCUGAAGCGGCUAAAUUGGGCAGCAGUUUUGCUAGGAAACAGGUAGUGGAACUAAAUCCAUACGCAGCGCUUUGCAAUCAGAUGCUAAGCCAAGUUAUGAAGGGAGAAAAUAUCAAAUUGUAAUUCAAUAAAACACAAGGAUCUAAUGGAUUAGAAAUUUAAUUCAUAUUAUUGAGUACAAUUCACAGUUCAUUCGAGAAGAAUCCACACGUACCUCGAGCGAGCUCGAACACCCAACCGUUAUUUAAAUGACAAUUUCACAUGAAAAUGACGAAUGUAACUACAAAUCGAAUUCCACUAAGCUAUUAAUAUCAAAUAUUAGAAUUUAGCAAUAAAAUAUAUUUCAUAAACGCA